AUGGCAGAAAGCCCUAUGUACAGAGUAGUGCAGUGCGUACCCACUGGAGAGAAACCGGUGAAGGCGGCGAUACUUGUUUUCGACGAACACAUUGAAGUCUUUCAAGACAAGUCACUUAUCACGGAAAACAUAGUGGCUGCCGUCCUGAGAACGGACCAGUGGGAAAUAGGGGUAAUAUCAGUGUACUUCGAAGGCGAUGAACCCAUCGAACCAUACCUCGAACAACUAGGAAGCGUCACGAAAAAACUUAAAACCAAGAUGGUACUGAUUGGAGGGGACGUGAACGCAUGGAGUGAAUGGUGGGGGAGCCGAAACGAAGACACACGAGGAAAGGAAUUACGAGGGUUCCUUGACGAAGAAGGGCUGAGCAUCCUAAAUUGUGGCAACACACCCACCUUCGACACCGUAAGAGGGGGCCGUAGAUACACGAGUGCAGUAGAUAUCACAGUAUGCACAACGGCCCUCCUCAGUAAGGUAACGAGAUGGUGGGUUGAUACUUCCAUCACUAGCUCUGACCACAACACAAUUUUUAUGACUACAGCCCUUCAAAAACCCCAAACGCACAACCUACCGAAGACGACCCGCAAAUACAGUACCAAAAAUGCAGACUGGGAGGAAUUUAAGAACAAGGUAAGGACAGGACACAUAAACCACGACAUCACCCAAGAAAAGAUACAAGGACAGCCCUGCGAUUCUGUAACUCACUUUUCAAACUCACACAGCGGUUUUCGCAUCGGCGGUCGCUCUCAAAUCAGUCGUGAAGCAGUCAUUUUAUAA